AGCAGACAUCACGGCUCCUACUCCAGUCAACUAGCCAAGCAGAAAUAAGGUGCAGCGGCAAUGGACACGGUCCCCGAGCGUAACUGGAACUCGCCGGCAUCCCCGCCGUCCUCCCUCGAGCAGGGGAUGCCGUCGUCUCCUGCGUCGCCGACGCCGAAGCGCCCCGCGGGGCGCACCAAGUUCAAGGAGACGCGCCACCCGGUGUUCCACGGCGUGCGCCGCCGGGGCAGCAACGGCAGGUGGGUGUGCGAGGUGCGCGUGCCGGGGAAGCGCGGCGAGCGGCUCUGGCUCGGCACGCACGUCACCGCCGAGGCGGCCGCGCGCGCGCACGACGCCGCCAUGCUCGCGCUGUACGGCCGCACACCUGCCGCGCGCCUCAACUUCCCGGACUCGGCGUGGCUGCUCGCCGUGCCCUCCUCCCUCUCCGACAUGGCGGACGUCCGGCGCGCCGCCAUCGGGGCCGUCGUGGACUUCCUGCGCCGGCAGGAGACGGGCGCCGGCGCCAUCACCGAGGUGACCUCCGUCGACGGGGUCGCCUCGGAGGCGUACGCGCCGGGCAGUGCCAGCUCGUCGGCGGCGGCGUCGUCCCACUACCAGCUGCCUUGCGCCAAUGCGGAGUUCGUGGUGCCGGACGCAUUGUGCCAUGACAUGUUGGAGCUCCACACGUCCGGCGAAAUGGACGCGGGGACCUACUACGCGGACCUGGCGCAGGGGCUGCUCCUGGAGCCACCGCCGCCGCCGUCAAGCGGGGCGAGCUCGGAGCAUGGAGAUGAUGCAGCGCUAUGGAACCACUGAUGACACCGAGCCAGGAUCUCCUGCCGAAACUAUCUUCGCUCCGUUCGUUUAUUUCUUUAUUCAAUCCCGAAAAAGCGCCCCGUACGUGGACCUAUCGUCGGCAUAAUA